AUGAAUCUUCGAUUAUUGAAAAACACCUGGAGUGGUAACACACUGCAGGCUGUGUCGAAACGCUCUGGGCGGAGCUGCUGGACCAGGGGUAUAUAUAAUCCAGCGGAACAGUCUACGUACAGUUACGCUGUCAGCAUGAAGCUUUUAUUGUGUCUCUCCCUCUGCCUGGCUCUCUGCCUCGUUGGCGUUACAGGGCUCAGGUGCAAGCAAGACGUAGGAUGCACACCUGAGGCAAAGGCUGAUAUGAACUGUCAGUUUGGAUAUUUGCCGGACCGCUGCAAUAAGUGUAGAUGCGCGAAGGGGCUCGGCGAGGUGUGCGGCGGGCCGUGGGAGUUCUCGGGCAUGUGCGCCAAAGGCCUCGUCUGCGAUAAGGACCCCGAGGACUUCAACGCUGAAGGCACGUGUCGCCACGCGAUCUAACCUGUUUGUUGAGUUUAGAGACUGGAUUAUAUAAAUCUUCAGCAGUGUU